UCCCUCCAAUAUGGAUGACCAAGAGGGACAGCCAGAUAUAUGUCGGGUGUGUCGCUGUGAAGGGACCCCUGACAAACCCCUCUAUCAUCCAUGUGUGUGUAUGGGCAGUAUCAAGUUCAUCCAUCAAGACUGUCUUGUUCAGUGGUUGAAAUACAGUCGUAAAGAAUACUGUGAAUUAUGCAAACACAAAUUUGCAUUCACACCAAUUUACUCGCCAGACAUGCCGAAGCGGCUUCCUAUCAAAGACAUUGUGAGUGGUCUGUUAAAGAGCAUUGCGCGAGCUGUCCGAUACUGGUUCCAUUACACCCUGGUGGCCUUUGCCUGGCUCGGAGUCGUGCCGCUCACAGCAUGUCGUAUCUAUCGCUGCCUCUUCACAGGAUCCGUGAGCUCAUUGUUGACGCUUCCUCUUGACAUGUUGUCUACAGAGAACCUGGCAUCAGACUGCUUCCAGGGCUGUUUUGUAGUGACCUGUACACUGUGUGCUUUCAUCAGCUUGGUGUGGCUCCGGGAACAGAUCCUGCACGGGGGAGGGCCUGACUGGCUGGAGCAGGACAACCAGCCCGGGGGAGGACAGAGGAACUUCCUUGAUGGAGGUGCCAUGAAUAAUUUGAUUGGUGGUUUUGCUGGUGGCAACCGAGGUGGAGUCAAUCCGAAUGAUGGCAACCCUGGCAACCUUGGGGGUGACGAUGACAGGGAAGAAGAAGUUGAAGGAGAGAUGAACGCCAACAAUGUUGCACAGGAUGACAACAACUGGAACCCCAUCGAGUGGGAUCGCGCAGCUGAGGAGCUGACAUGGGAAAGGCUGCUUGGUCUGGAUGGAUCCUUGGUGUUCCUGGAACAUGUGUUCUGGGUCGUCUCACUCAACACUCUGUUUAUUCUCGUCUUCGCUUUCUGUCCAUAUCAUAUUGGGCAUUUUACCGUUGUGGGAUUGAAAGCAGAUGAUGCUGUUAUGUCGUCCCACUUUGAAGGCUUGCUGACAACACUGACUGGCUACGUGGUGAUUGCACUCUCCUUGUUGGCGCUCUAUGUCAUGUGUUCUGUAGCCCGGCUGAAAAAGUUCCGCCGUGUUUUAGGCCUGUGUUACGUGGUGGUGAAGGUGAAGUUGCUGGUUGUCGUGGAGAUAGGGGUAUUUCCACUUAUCUGUGGCUGGUGGCUGGAUAUCUGCUCUCUGUCAAUGUUUGAUGCAACGCUCAAAGAUCGUAAGACGAGUUUCCACCUGGCACCCGGAACGUCGAUGUUCAUCCACUGGUUGGUGGGGAUGGUGUAUGUGUUCUACUCCGCAUCCUUCAUCCUGCUGCUCCGGGAGGUCCUGCGACCGGGGGUGCUCUGGUUCCUCCGAAACCUCAACGACCCCGACUUCAACCCCAUACAAGAGAUGAUUCAUCUACCUGUGUACAGACAUGUCCGCAGAUUUGUGGCGUCCGUGAUUAUAUUUGGCAGCACAGUGCUGUUGAUGCUAUGGCUGCCAGUGAGGGUCAUCCGAAAGCUGUUUCCAACAUUCCUGCCAUAUCAUGUCAUGCUCUCCAGUGAUGCCCCAGUGAGUGAGCUGUCCUUGGAGUUGCUGCUGCUGCAGGUGGUGUUGCCGGCACUGCUGGAACAGGGACACACAAGACUGUGGUUGAAGGGUCUCGUGCGAGGGUGGACGCUGGGGGUAGCAUACAUCCUCAGUCUACGGUCGUAUCUCAUCGGAGACAUACAGUUUCAGGAAGGGGAUGAGGUUGUUCAUGGAGAUCACCCUGUCCCCCCUCCUCCUCCUCCCCCUCCUGCACAGGACAAUGCUGCAGCAGCAGGUGCUCCUCCCCCAGCCCCACCCCAGCCCCCCCAGCAGGUUCCAGGGGAGGGUCUGGGUGCGGCACACCAAGCCAUGCUCCAAGGGGGAGGGCCAACUGGUUUCCAGCCUUACAUCAGACCCACGCUCUUUACUGUCAAGGUCAUCUUGCUGGUAGUACUCAUGUGUGUGACGCUGUUUGGUGCUAGUCUUGUCUCACUUGUUCUUCCAGUAUUUGUAGGUCGGCGGUUGAUGUCGAUAUGGAUGGGCGAUGCGAAGAUCCACGAGCUGUACACAGCAGCGUGUGGUCUGUACGUGUGUUGGUUGAUGCUGAGGAUCAGCACAGUCCUAUAUAACUGGAUACCUCAAGGAUCAGCAGCCAUCUUCACCAAACUGAAAAACUGGGCAUUGUUGGCCUUGAAGUGUCUCCUCAUCGCGGGUCUCCUCAUCGGGAUGGUGCCCCUCUUGUUGGGCCUUCUCCGUUCGUUCCAUUCCACUGUUCCAUUCCAUGUCCUCCACCAAACAGAAAUUACUCGGAAGCUGGGGUUUCUGGACAAAAGAGUUUCUAUUUUGGAGAGGUUCUUUCGUGUAUGA